GCCAACGACGACGUUUCUCGUCUGGUCAGCGGGCACUGCUACAAGCUUUGUGCGAGUCAAUACAUUCUCACAGUUCCAGCCUUCCAGAUUCAGAGGGUCUGAGAGAAACCUCAAGACAAGCCUCAAGGAAGCAAAAGAUGAUUGACGAUCAAGGCUUGGGUUUUAUUGCCAAUUAUCUUGGCAUUUUCAUUUUUGCUUUGGUUAUAUUAUACCAUUUGGUCACAGCCGACCCCAAACAUGAAGGCAGCUAGGCAUUUUCAUUUUUGUGAUGCACUUUGAUGCACUGAAAUUUGAAGUUUGAUUUGGUUUUGUUGACUGAUCUGUUGCAUCAUUAUGUAUAACUUAAUCACAAUGGAAUAGUAAUGUCGUGACUUCUGCCAACAUAUUUUUCAGUUUUAGAGACAUGCGCUAUGUAUGGCAGUAGUUUUCUUUUUC